AGACCACCCCGAGAAAGAGGGCAGAGCAACAGUGAAGUGUGUGUGUGUGCAAUGUCAGCUUGUCAGAACAAGGAAAGCAAAUGAGAGGGGCGUUAACUUUGAUGAAUGUGGGACUUGCUUGAGGGAGUUUCCAAAGUGUUUAAAGUUUGCUGCAAACGCUGGACUUGAGAGUCUGCUUCCAGAACUUGAAGAUGUGCACAGUCACGCUGGAUAGAAGCCAAACUCACGUGACGGAGCACAAACAGAUCUGAUCUACUCACAAGUUUUGAUCUAAGAGAAGAUCGAGCACAAAAUGGGGUAAGAAAAACAGCAAAACAAGGGAGGAAAACAGCUAAAGAUGGACUAGGGAAAGACAGAGACGUAAAGGACAAACUCUCCUAAGGACAUGCGCAGGGAUCGAGUCACUGUGGGACUUCUGCUGCGUUUGGGCAUCCUGCUCUCGGCCGUGUGCUUCUGCAUGCGUGUUUAUCUGGAAACCAGGUGGCAGGGAGCUCCUUCAUUUCCAGCUCUAGGACAUCCCAUCCAAACAGAUCAGGGCUUGGACAAAGAAGUCAGGACGAAACAUGCUUUUGCAGAGGACAAAAACUUUAGAAGAUCUCAUGUUGAGACUCUGAGGAAGAACAGCUCAGCCAGGGGGAGGGGAGGAGGUGGAGAUGGAGAGGACCUCCUUACGCAAUGCUGCCCACUUCCCCACCUGCCCAGAAAGGCGCCACGGUGGCAUAUAGAUCUGCAGCCGUGGGCCAGCGAGAGCCGAUCUCUGGAGGAUGAAGCCAAAAGGUUCCUCAGCUAUAUCACAACCUUACAAGUGCCGUGUGAUUCCUUGGCUAUUAAGGAGGAUGCAGCAGACCUGUCCUCUGGUGACUGGGCCGUGUGUCUGGACCCGAAGCACAGCCUGAUACACAGAAUACAGAACAAGCACUGCAGGGUCUACUCCUUUGGGUUGGGAGUGGACAACAAGUCACUGGAGCGCUUUCUCUCCGGAUCAGGAUGCGAAGUCCACUGCUUCGAUCCGAGCCUGGAGCAGCUUCACAUGCAGAAAGCUAAAAUGUGGUUCCAUCGUCUCUCCUUGCACUGGAGGGAUCCCAACCCAUCCGUCGUCCACAAGCACCAGCAUCCAAACACCAAGAAGCUCGCCACCAUCUUUAACAAUUUUGGCCACAGGAACGUGGAUGUUCUAAAAGCAGACAUGGAGAGUGCAGAGUGGAAGAUUCUGGAGAAUUUGGUCCUCGAAGGGAUCCUGGACUCCGUGGGUCAGCUGUUGUUGGAGCUUCACCUGCACUGGGCGGGCUUCGAGGUGGGCGGUGAUGACCCGUCGGUGGUGCGGUUCUGGUUUAGCCUGCUUAAAGAACUUGAACGAGCCGACUUCCACCUCUUUCACGUUCACAGUGACUCGGCCAAACCUCAUCUCUUUCUGCAGAAGAAUAUUCUGAACGCAAGCAGCUCUUACACGCUGAGCUGGGUUAACACACGGUGGAAAACCAUUAAGGAUACCAGAUAAAUACAAGAAAUUGAUCAUUUUAAUAAAAAUGCUAAUAGUUUUGGAAUGAAGCUGCCCUUCAUUAUGGCAUGACCAUUUUUAUUUUUACUAAGCUCAGUGCUCCUGCUGUUCGUCCUCUCCUGGCCCGUAAUGACCCCUGCUGUGCAGUGGGGCAGGCUAAUUGCCUCCAGAGACUCAGUGUUUCUCCUUUCAGAGGCUGUCGUGUUGGCUACAUGUCAGCCUGAGUCAGGCUCCAUCAUCGAGAUGAGCUCCACGCCUGGCUCAGAGCCAGAAGGUCCCAGCUGAUAUUAAACAGCCGGGGCCCAGACACAGCAUACAGACAGCAGUCAGCACGCUCUUAUUUUGAAGGACGGAACUCUGACAGGGAGCCAAGAUAAUGGCUGCACAGAAUGAAAGUCACAGAAUACAAAAAUUCCUUCCGAGUAAAACAACUACAAAUAGUUAGUCCAAGUAAAAAUCCUAAAUAUAAUCACUGAGGACGAAGUUGUUGCACAAUGUAUCCUGCUGCUGAUGUGGGACUGCCAGUUCUGCUGAAUUAUUCCAAAUCCAGAUUUAUUUCAAAGUAAAAGCACCAUAAUUUAUGUUUACUGAAAGUAGGAAACUGCUGCCAAAUCAUUGUUAAACUUUAAAGGACCCUUUUAAGUCUUGAGCUUAAACUCUUUACCAAACAUAAUGAGAUUUAGCUUCAGUUCACGACCAAGUCGUGCAUCAUCUAUAUGCAGAGCUUCAAACCUAACCUGAAAAUGUAGUGACCUUGGAAAUGAACACGCAGUGGAUGCAAUUAGCUUUUUUAAAACACACCUUUAAAAGAUUCAUUAUUCUGACUUUAUGAGUAAAACACUUUUUCCACAAAAGGUAGAUGUACAUAAGGUUUAUUUCCACAAAUGAUCAAAGUGACACAUGAACGUGUAAUUCAAAUAAAAGCUGUUCCAUGUU